CAGGUUUCAUCCAUUUUGUAUCAUCAAAUACAUCCAUCCAUCCAUCAACGCACCGGCCGGCAAGCAUCAGCAGAUCAUCAUCACGCAGAUCGAUCGAACCCCAAAGGCCACUAGCUAGCUAGCGCAACUCGAUCGAUCGAAACAAUGGCGCACCAUUUCCUGGGCAGCAAGCACCAUGGCGGUGAGGCGUCCAAGGUGACCGACUGGCGCAAGGAGGAGAAGCACCACAAGCACAUGGAGCAGCUCGGCCAGCUCGGCGCCGUCGCCGCAGGAGCCUACGCCGUGCACGAGAAGCACAAGGCGAAGAAGGACCCGGAGCACGCGCACUCGCACAAGAUCAAGGAAGGGGUCGCCGCCGCCGUCGCCGUGGGCAGCGCCGGCUUUGCCUUCCACGAACACCACCAGAAGAAAGACGCCAAGAAGCACCGCCGCCACGGACACCACCACUAGUUAUUAUUGACUAGUUUCAUUUACCAGGCGCGGGUGCCAAACUCGUUCAUAUAUAUGUUACCGCCGAUUUAUAUAGUAUAGUAUUUUUUAGUAUAGAAAUAAAUGGGGUCUCCAAUAUAUAUGUAUAUAUAUCAUUGUAGCGUCCUAGUAUAUAUAUUACUGUGUGUCACGUACUAGUACGUUUUAGAUGACCUAUGUUUGAUUUUAAAUUUGAUUUAUUAUUGUAUAUCUUUUUGGUCGGUUCUUUAUGUACACUAUGACAUAGGUUAUUUCAUCCUUGCAUGCUAUUCACUAUUA